AUGGUCGUUUGCUUGCUGAUCCCCUCUGCCGUACCUAACAGCUUGCGUUGCGUGAACCUGCAGCAGAAACGUCUGCCUUCAUUUUCGUUGUCUACGGAGUCUUUCACUGUUGAGAGGAAGAAUGUCAUGCUCGAGCUCGACCCGGGUGUGCAAGUGACAUUCGUUGUGAAUCGUGAAGAUGCGGGUCAAGAACAUCUGCUGGCGUUUGCGUGGCUGCCACCGCUCUUUCCUCACCCACCGUCGUGGGUGCACUUUAGCCCUGUGACGGACGGAACCCGCGGUGCCCAACUGCAGUACGGCGGGGUGCUGACGGAGGGAAAGCGGGCGCUGUUGAAUGCACUGCACCAUUCCCUUGAGCGCGUGGCACGCGACAAGGCAUAUAUUCCUACCGCGAAUUGCUCCGACACUCCUGAGCGCACGGCUGUGCCCCCCGCUUCCCCCAGUUCCUUGCCCGACGACAUGUUAGCGCAGUUGCUGGCAAGUGCGGCGCGUUCUGCUUGUAAACAGCGCUUAGAGCUUGUCGAUCUCCUACUACGUGUGCCACAUGCAUGA